GGGAUCCCGAGCCACACGAGCGAACGCACCAGACCAAACCAAAGCAAGAUCCCUCGAAAGCAGCGUUCACUUUGAACAGCGUGUUAUUCUUCACAUUUGUGGGUCUUUGGUUUGUGCUUUGAGUCAUUCAAGAGGAUCAUCAGCACAAUACUGGGAGUGGAACGGAACGUUGCAUGUUUUAUUGACCGACACUGAUUUUUAAGGGUUUGAAAUAAAGUAAGAUCCUGCUGUUUCAGAACAACUCUAUGAGUGCAAAAAUGGAGCAACCCUUUUAUCACGACGACUCGUUUCUGUUGGGUUACGGACACACCGACGCCACACUACACGACUAUAAACUCCAGAAGCAUGGCAUGCACUUGGAUCUGUCCGAGCCUUAUCGGAACCUCAAAUCGGACCUGUAUCAGACCGGUCCCGCUGAUGUCGGGUCUCUCAAACUCGCCUCGCCAGAGCUGGAGAGGCUCAUCAUCCAGAACAGCAACGGGGUCCUGACGACGCCCACCCCGGGUCAGUACCUCUACGGCCGGGGUAUCACCGACGAGCAGGAGGGCUUCGCGGAGGGCUUCGUCAAGGCUCUGGAUGACCUGCACAAGAUGAACCAGAUGCCCCCGCCCAACGUGUCGAUUGGAGCCGGUGGCGUGACGACGUGCUCGACGACUGCGCCUGUUUUCGGCUCCUCCCUGCAGUCUGAGCCUCCCAUUUACACGACGCUAAACGCAUACUGCCCAGCGCCGUGCCACCCGUCCGCUACCAUCAACUAUCUCCCGCCCCACAUCCAGCAGAACCAACACCCGGAAAAUACGCACGCGUUCCAGCUCUCCGGCGUGCACCCGCAGCGCUUCGUGGCGUUGAAAGAGGAGCCCCAAACCGUUCCGGACAUGCACAGCAGCGACGGAUCGCCACCCAUGUCUCCAAUCGACAUGGACAACCAAGAGCGCAUCAAGGCGGAACGCAAGCGGCUCCGAAAUCGUCUUGCGGCAACCAAAUGCCGCAAGCGCAAACUGGAACGCAUCGCGCGCCUGGAGGACAAAGUGAAAGUUCUCAAGUCGGACAACGCCGGACUGUCCAACACCGCGUCGGUACUACGGGAACAGGUGGCCCAGCUUAAACAGAAGGCCUUAAGACACAUGAACAGCGGCUGUCAGCUCAUGUUGACCAGUAAACUCGAGGCGUUUUGAACUGAACGCUCACAUUUGCGAACACUGAAAAAUCACUGGAGAACUGUUUAUGUUCUAGGCUACAGCUGAACGCCACUGCGGUUUUGGACACUGUAAAAUGGUGUUUCCGGUGACCGGGCACCGUCUAAGUCCUGCCGAACCCUCGUCCAGAAGGGAACGGAACGGGAGGUCCACAGAGCCGAGUACGAAGACUAAAUAUGUUUCUUUUUUUGUCAUGAUCAAUUGUUGCGCAACCCAUAAGUUAUUACUCUAGUCAGGUUGAUCCUGACCUGUGUCAACAAUGUCUUAUGUUUACAAUGUCUUUUUUUAUGUUAUGUGUGCGCUGUUUAUUUAAGUAAAGAUAUUGAAAUGUAA